AUGGUGUUCAUCAAAUCAUUGAUUGUCGCUGUCCUGGCUGUGGUUGCAGUCAAAGCUAAUGUUCUCCAACAAUCGUCCAGAACACCUGCGGCUUGUGCCUAUGUCUUGCCAAACAUUCCAGGUGGCUUUAGUCAGCGAAGGUUUGCUGAUUUCUCAAGCAACACACCUUCGGAUAAUCCAGCAACCGUUCUUGGGACAUACAAUAUUGGGAUCAGCAAUUAUGGACCUGUUCCAAGUACACCGCUGACCCAUACUUUUGUUCCUGAGAAUGUUGCGUUUGGAAACGGAUACCUGGGAUUAAAAACCAGCGCUUAUGCUUCCGGAUCAGUGCAAAGUGGCGAGAUCGUCACGAACGACGUUUUCAUGUAUGCCUCUGUGCGAACUGUUUUGAAAUCUACAGCCACGCCGGGUAUAGUGGAAGGGAAUUUCUUCUAUUUGGACGUUGCUACGGGCGCUCAAGAAAUAGAUUUUGAGAUUCUCACCACCACGAUAUUUUCCUCUAAUAAUCCCCUGGUUCCUCCUGGAAUUUGGGCGACUAAUUAUAAUAACACAGGAUCGAGGAUCAAUACCGUCAGCACUAUUCCGUUUACCUUUGAUCCUAGGACCGAUUAUCAUGAAUAUCGUAUUGAUAGUUUCUUUCAGUGGUUUGGAACUACGACAAACUUCUACAUCGAUGGUGUGCGAGUCGCUCAACAUGCGGAACCCAGCACAACCCCGACUGUCCCUGGACAUUGGAUCUGGAAUUCAUGGAGCAGCGGCGACGUCAAUUGGUCGAUGGGUCCUCCCACCGCAGAUGGAAUUUACCAGAUUCGGUCGAUUGACCUCUACACGGGUUAUACGAGCACUUGCUAA